AAAAGAAAUAAACAAAUAAGAUUGUAGUGUAGCACAUUUUAUGGUAUAGAAAAAAGUUGGGUGUUUGAAGUUUCAACCAAUGGUAUUGAUGAUAUCAUUAUCCAUUUCAUCAUGCUCUUAUGGCUAUGGACAUAUUUCUACUACUCUUACCUACUUCCACAGACCUAACACCUUCCUUCCAUGGCUUCCUUAACUUGCUGUGUUUACAUGAUCACCAAAAAUAUCUCCAAUUCAAACUCCAACACCAAUGGCUCCUCACCAUCACCAUCCGACUCUCUUAAAUCCCUCACUCAACAGAAUAAUAAGCCCCAAAACCUAAACCCCAGGCGGCGUCCUCAACAGCCCUCCGUUAUCGAAAUCGAACGCGCUAUCGGGGCCGGAAGAUUCCGCGACGCUGAUCCCAGGGAAUUGGAAGAAGAUAAGAACACGAAAUUCGAUGUGACUAUGAUGAAUUUCCCAGGAAAGUUUGAACAUCCAUUACAGAAGAAGAUUCAAGAGAGUGCUGAGAGGAUUACUGAACAAUCUGAAAGAACAUUUCGUUUGAAUGGUAAGAAGAUUCUAAUGUUCACCUUUAUGUGGCUACUUCCCAUUUGGACUUUUUCACUUCUGGUUGCCUCUGGCCUCAUUAAACUCCCAUUCACUAACCAGUUUCUUGAUCAACUCAUUUUGUGAAUUUGCUUCAAACUCAAUUGAAAGUUUAAAAUAUCAAAUUUUAAUCCAGUGUGUACAGCAUGAUAUAAAGUUUGUAUAUUUUUAGUCUUUAGAAGUUAAAACUGUUUUCCUCUUUAUUUUUUUAUGUGAAUCUUUGACUUUGUUUAUUGCAAAUUGUAACUAUGGAUGGACCACUUUCAUCAAUCAAAAGACAUAUAUUUCAACACAUAAUUUAACAGUUAAA